ACCUAAAACCCAAGGAACAGAGCUUUCUGGAACCCAUGAUGGGGUACUCGAAGCUCUGCUUAUUGCUGCUUCUGAGCACCUAUGCCUUGGCCCAGCAAGGCAAUGACAGUUCUGAAGAACAGAGCUCAACGUGUCCAUUGGCAGCAAGGUUUAAGAACUUCAAGAAAUAUGUGUACCAGUAUGAAGCUGAAAGUCAGAAUGGGGUCAGUGGAACAGCUAAUGUGAGGAAUGGACCCAAGGUCACCUGUAAGGUUGAGGUUGAAGUUCCUCAGUCAUGCAGCUUCAUAUUGCGCACUGUGGAGUGCACCCUAAGCGAGGUGUCCGUCAUUGACGCUGAGGGAUUGCCCGUCUACAGGCCCGCCACUGGUGCUGAGGCCUUCCGUGAAGCCAUGGAGAAGAACACUCUGAAGUUCACGGCCGAGCAGGGUGCCCAGGUGACCCUGUUCCCUGAGCAGGAUGAGCCCGCCAACAUCCUGAACAUCAAGAGGGGAAUCAUCUCCGCCCUCAUGGUGCCCGUGGAGGACGAGAGCAACAGAUACAUGGCCACUGUGCACGGUCUGUGCCAGACUGACGUGGUCGUCAACACCAGGAAGGACAUUGCCACGGAUGUCACUGUCACCAGGGACCUGUCCAAGUGUAACCACUUCAACCCCAUGGCAGACUACACCAGCCCACUGGCCCUCGUGUCCAGGAUGCAUUUGCCUCUGUCCCAACUGAUCAGCAGCACACAGUCCUGCAACUAUCAGUUUGACAACAAGAGGAAACACAUGACCGAAGCCACAUGCACUGAGAAACACAUCUUCCUGCCCUUCUCCCACCAGAAAGAGCAUGGAAUCUCAUCCCUGGUAAAGCAGACUCUGACCCUGCAGGAAUCUAACAAGAUCAACAACAGAUACUUUGACUAUGAUGAGGCCAACUCGAGGCCCCUCUCUAUGGACUACGCUGAUGACAAGGCCCCCGUCCAGACGAAGGACAUUGUCCUGGCUACCCUGAGAGAUCUGAGCGGCUUGGCUCAGACUGAGCAGGGCCAGCAAAGGGCCAGCCUUUUCCAGAAACUGGUCACUGAAAUCCGUGGCCUGAAGAAUGAGACGCUGAGCUCUGCCUUGGCAGAGAUGAUGGACGUUUCCCGUGCUCUGACCUGGCAGGCUCUGGUCCAGUGCGGGACCCCUGAGUGCACCAGCGCCAUCCUGCAGGAUCUCCGGGACUUCUCUGAAGGCGCCAUUGAGGUUGAUGCCGUUGUCUAUGCCUUGGGACUCAUGCCUAAACCCUGCAAUCGGCGUGUCAGAGAUAUGCUGAGCAUGGCUGAGAACAGACAGACCAAAGCUGUCAUGUAUGGCCUGAGCAACAGUGUCAGGAAAUUCUACCAGUCAACAGAAGAGGUAACUCGUGAGCUUGAGGAGGUGUCAGAAUUCAUGAACUCCCUGCUGAGUGGCGACUGCUCUGGUAAUGAGGACCAAACCUUCCUGACGCUGAGGGUCAUUGGCAACAUGGGAAAGGCCAUGUACUUUGCCAGCCCCACCCUGCGGUCCACACUCCUCAGAUGUGUGAUGCAGCCUGCAGCCUCUCUGUCCGUCCAGCAAGCUGCCAUCCAGGCCUUCAGGCAGAUGCCCAUCGAUGAGGAGAUCAGCAGCAUCCUUCUCCAGGUGUUCCAGGAUGCAGAGAGCCCCGUUCAGAAGCGUGUGGCCGCAUACUUAAUGCUGAUGAAGAACGUAGAGACGGCUGACCUCCCUCAGGUGAUGAACACCCUGAUGACUGAGCAGGACGAACACGUCAAAAGCUUUGUGGCUUCCCACAUUGCCAACAUCCUGAACUCCAAGGACCCUGAAACCCAAACGACAAAGCUGAAGAUCACUGAGGCCCUGGAGGGUAAUGAGAUUCCCGCUGCCAUGGACAUUGCCACAGCCUCCCGCAACUACAAGAUGGACUCCUCCAUUCCACUGCGGGACCCUUUGACAACCUCAGUUGAGGGCAACAUGAUCUUUGACUCCACAGGCUACAUGCCCAGAGAGAUCAUGCUGGAGACCACUCUGAAAGCCUUUGGGUACAAUUUUGACAUGUUUGAGGUUGGCAUGGAGGGGAAAGGUAUGGAACCAAGCAUUGAUGCUCUGUUUGGAGAAAAUGGCUUCUUCCCUGACUCUGCGUUAAAGUCAAUGUAUUGGCUUGGAGGAAAAAUGCCAGACAGAGUCCACGAAGUUCUGAAGAACUGGAUUGGUCCACUGAGGAACGAAAGAAUGAAAAGACAGGUCCCUGAGAACAUCUUGGGUGAAAUUCAAAGCAACUUUAACAAGCUGGUUGAGAACCUCCGCUCUCAGGACUCUCCUGAGGCUUUAGCCUACCUGAGGAUCAUGGGAACUGAACUUGGAUACAUCAAGACAAGCGAGAUUGAAAAUAUGGCAUAUACUGUUGCUAUGUAUGCUGAAAUCUUUUUCAAGACACUUCCCAAGGAGUUCAUGAAGUCUCUGAUGUCCGGCACUGAUAAUGAGCUUUUCGGUCACUACAUCUUCAUGGACAAUGAGUUCACCCUUCCUACUGCUGCUGGCUUCCCUCUAAAAUUCACUCUGGCUGGUGUCUUUGCCGCUGGAGCUAAAGGAGGCCUAAGCAUCACUCCAGGCAUGAAGGCACUGUCCUUCAUGCCCUCUGCGGGAGUGGAGUUUGUGACACAAAUGGGUGUUCACAUCCCAGAAUUCAUCACAGCUGGCAUCGAAAUGCACACCAACAUGUACCAUGAUAGUGCACUAAACGCCAAGGUUACCAUGGAUGACAACCGGUUCAAACUGUCCAUCCCAGCACCCCAGGGCACCACCCAGCUCUUCAGCAUCAGCAACAGACUGCUGUCUGUGUCCACUAUGCAGACCAAGAUAGUACCCCCACUGGUCGAGGACAGAACUGACUCUGUGGAGUGUAAUCCCCUCUUCUCUGGGAUAAAGUACUGCACUACUGUCCGUUACUCCAAUGCUAGCUCCAUUGAAGCUGCUCCCUAUUAUCCUUUGACCGGAGAGACCAGGUUUGCCUUGGAGAUUCAGCCCACCGGGGAGGUCACUGAAUAUACUGCUGCCCUCACCUAUGAGCUCCUGAGGGAAGGCAAAGAGGGCCGUCAAAAGGUGGACGCUGUGAAGCUGGUCUUGAAAGCAGAGGGUGCUGAACCUUCUGAGGCCACUGCCACUCUGAAGUACAACAGGAACAGGAACACCCUAACCACCGACAUCCAGAUCCCUGACUGUGACCUGGAGGCUGGAAUCAGGCUGGCUGUCACUGACAGCAAUGUGAAGGGGAAGAAAAUGCGUGCCAUUACCAUCGAUGUGACCAACAAAAACAUUCCUCAGCUGUCUCUAGUUGGCCGUGCCAGACUUGAGGCAAUGAAGGAUGGGAUGCUACAAUUCCAACUAACUGUUCCAUCCUUGAACACUGAUGCCACAGCCACAGCCACAAUGAAGUAUGCCAAUGGCCUCAUCCUGGAGCUGGAGACAUCUGUCAAUGUUCCAGAGACUUCCUCUGUACAGAAAGUCAUCCUCAGAUAUGAUGAGAACAGAGUUGAGGUUGAGAUGAAGUCUGAUAUGAGUUCAGAGAUUCAAAAACUCCUCCCUGAAACUGAGGUCUACCAGAAGAAGCUCCAGAAGAUCAUUGAUGACCUCCUGGACCAGAAGGUGGCAAAGACUGACAUGAAACUGCGGCACAUAGUCUCCAAAGCUAUUGAGGCAGGUAAUAUCUGGCUGGACAAAGUUGCAGGGGAUAUCCCCUAUGUGGAUAAUUUGAGGAACAGAAGAAACAUCCCUGAAUUGACCCUACCUUCACUUCCUGAGAAACUGUACCUGAAAUAUGACAGCUUGCUGAGGUAUCAGUUCAACAAGAACAGAAUCACCCUGACUAUCCCCCUGCUUCUCGGUGGAAAAACUUCAGAGGAUCUGAAUAUCCCCACCAAAGUAUCUAUACCCAAUGUGUACAUCCCUGAGAUCGGGUUGGAUAUUCCCAGCAGGGACUUUGCAGUCCCCACUUUUACCAUUCCCCCCAAUAUUGAGUUCACUCUGCCCCUGAUGGGAAUGGCUGAGGCAUCUGCCAAGGUCAACAGCAACUUCUACAACUGGGAGGGGUCUGUCUCCGGUGGCAGUGACACCACGGAUGUGCCCAGCUUUAUUGGCAAAUUCAAAGUUGCAGCUGACUGCCCCAUCAACAUCCUUUCUUACGAAGUAGAAGGGACUGGAAUGAUCAGUGGAACACAUACUGACACUUUGAAGUACCUUGUGGAUGGCUCCCUGAGACACAGUCUCUUUGAUGCCAGCUUCAGUAUCAUAGAAACAGGACACUGGGCAGACACAAUGUCCACCAGAAGUAAUUACAAGAUUGAGGCCUCUAGCCCGUUGGGCUUGCAAAUGUCUUUGUACUCAUCUUCCAAAGGUUCCGCAGAUUCUGAGCAGGUCACAUUAGAAUCCAAUCUUGAUGGCUUCUUGAGGGUGCGCACCAUGCAUGCCGGCUUCAACCAUACUUAUACUUACAUCGUCUCAGGCACAGAGGCAAGAGGUGACUCAGACCUGAAGGUGGACUCCACACUACUCCAGGCGCACAACAGGAUUAACGGGCUUUACUCACCAGGCGACCUUUCCAUCAUCUCGAACACUAACAUCAACAACGAUGCUCUGAAGCAUGUGGCUGAGCUCUCGUUCAGGAACAGACAGCUCUCCUUGAAGUGCAAUGCUGUCUCCAUGGUCCUUGGCAAGGCACUCCGCAACAAAGUUGAGUUUGCUGUCUCUGGAGAGGCUGCCAGCAUCAGAGUGGAGACAGAAGGUGAAGCCGCAGAGAACCGUGCCUACUCCGUUCUCUCUGGCUCCUUGAACACCGAGGGCCUGGAGAUAAACUCAGAAGGCUCCAUCAAUGCUGAGAUCGGCUAUGGUUCCCAUAAGGCAACCCUGAAAAUCAACAAGGAUGGCUUAGCAACAAGCGGAACUACAACCCUCCAGUGUAGCCCUCUGACCUUUGAGAACAUCUUCGAUGGUAGCAUUGAUGGCUCUGGAGCCACUCUCUCCCUCACUUCUAAAGGAUCUGUACUGGAGAACAGUGCUGAGCUCAAGGUUGAUGGGAAGAUCGGAGGUGACGAGGCUUAUUUGAACAGUGCAUACAAAGGAAACCUCCUUGAUAUGAACACCAGGGACACAAUGAACAUGAGAGUUAACAGGCAAGGCUUGACAUUCUCAAACAACCUGGUGGGAUCACUGAAGAACAUGAGGACCGAGCACAGUCACACUCUGACCUUCACCCUCUGGACCCUGGCCUUCCACUCCAAGACAGACAACUUCAUCUGUGACAGUACCUCCUACAAGCAUGACAUCAAGGUUGACCUUAUUCCCUUCGUUGCAAAAGUGAGCAUGAACCAUGAUCUGAGACUCCUGGAUGUUGAAUUCAACACUGAUGGGCUUCUCAAUCUUGAGCCUCAUAAGAUGGGCUUGAAGGGAAGUCUGAGGGGAGCCUAUGGAGAGGAGCAGGAGCUCAGACACACUUAUGAAAUCAAUUACUAUAACCUGGCUGGCACCGUGAAGUGUAGCACUACUGGGAAAAUCUUGGGAGCUCAGAUGAGCCACAACUCAGACUUGGAAGUUGCUGGACUUUCCUCCAAAUUCAGCAGUGAGGCUCGAUUCAACUCCAAAUCAUUCCGCCUUGACAGCACUGUUCGCACUCUUGCUGUACCAUUCAGCCUUAGUGUUGAUGCAAUCGUAAACAGUGAUGGUGAGCUGAACUUGUAUGGUAAGCUCACUGGCCAGCUAUACAGCAGGUUCCUCCUUAAAGCACAGCCUUUAGCUGUUGCAUACUCCCAUGACUGCAGGGCCUCAACCACCCACCAGCUGGAGAGCGGUGAUUCAGCUGAGGUUCAAUUUGACAACAAGAUCAAUGGUGUGCUGUCUCCUCAUGAGCAGUCCACAACAUGGAGGAUGAAGUCCAAGCUGAACAACCAUGCAUAUAACCAGGACAUCAGUGUUUACAACAACCCUGAGAGGAUUGGGGUUGAGGUCUCUGGAACUUUGCUCACAGACAUUCUGAACAAACCCACAAGAGAAGCUCGGGAUGUUUCAGGACAGAAUCAAGAAUUUAGCCUUUCUGGUUUUCUGAAGUAUGACAAGAAUGGUGACUCACAUAUUAUUGAGCUGCCUUUCAUUGAGAAUUUCCCUGCUUUUUUUGAAAAAAUGAAGGCUGCAAUUGUAAGCGCACUUGAGUCCCUGCAGCAUUACAUCAACAGCGCUGAUAUCAACCAGAUCGUUGGUGAAUUCAGGGUCACUUUGGACAAGCUACCAAGACAGGUCAGUGACUACAUGAAUGAUGUGGAUCUAGAGAAUCAGUUCAAUAAAGCUAAAGAGAAGCUGAUUGCCCUCACAGAAGAAUAUACUGUCACUCUGGAUGACUUAGAGAUCUCUCUGGAGAACCUGAAGGAAGCCCUCGAAAAAGCUUUGAACAAUCUGGUUACUGGAGUUAGAGACUUGAUAGUUUUUAUCAAGAAACAGGUCAAUAGAGGAACUUGGUCAAAGACCAUCACAGACCUUCUUACACAGAUUGGAAAUGAGCUGAAGGCUUUUGAUGAGAGGAAUGAGAUCACUAAGUCAAUCGUUAGAGCAAUCAGUGCUAUUGAAGACAUCAUCAGGCAGAUUGAUUUGCAGAAACUGACAGACAGCAGCAUUGCCUGGUUGCAGGAUCUUGAUGCUAAAUAUGAAAUCAGAGCUAAACUACAGGAGAAAGUGAGCGAACUGAAACAGGUUGUUGAGAGUUUUGACAUUAUGAUGUUGAUUCAGGAUCUUCAGGACUACAUCAGCUCCAUCAAUGUGGCUGAGUACCUGAACCAACUAACGACUCAGAUUCCUACUGAGGAAAUGGCCAGAGUUAUUGAUUCUAUGAAAGAUGUCAUUCUUAACUGGUUUGAGGAAUAUGAAGUUGCUUACAAGAUCAAUGUAGUAUAUUCCAAAUUGAGAGAAUUACUUGUUAAGUAUGAGUUCGACAAGAAAAUUGAGGUGAUCAUGAACCAGGUUUUAGAUCUCCUUAAACAAUACAAAAUCCAAGAGGCAGUGCAGUCAGUGGUCAACAUUCUGAAAAGCAUUGACUUUCAGUCCCUGUCAGAUAAAUUCAUGCAAAUGUUUGAUGAUGUAAUCAAUCACUUGAAGGCAAUUAACUUUAAAGAACUAAUGGAUGAGCUGAAUGACUACAUUGCCAAGAUUGUCCAGAAAAUUCAAGAAUUUAAUUAUGACACAUUUGUUGAUGAGGCAAACCAGAAAAUCAGUGAGAUGACCAGGUAUGUGAAUGAGCAAAUCGAAGCAAAUGAGAUCCCUCAGAAAAUUGAGGCUUCAAGGGAAUUUGUCAGAGGGAUCCAGGCAUCCAUCGUUAACUACUUGGAACAGCUGAAAAAUUCAAAAGUUGCAGAGGUUUUCAAAAUGAUGAAGGAUGUAUUUGACACAACUGCUUUCAAUGACAUUAAGACAAAGCUUCAGGAGAACCUUGAAGACAUGAGACAAAGAGUCAGUGACAUGGACAUUAGAGAAGAAAUUCUAAUUUACUUGCAUCGGGCAAGUGACUCCUACACAAACAUGAUUAGUUAUAUCACAGUUCAGAUAAAUAAAAUGAUUGAAGAAAUCCACAAAGUGGUUAAGGACCAGGAAAUCAUCAACCAGAUUGGGCAGGUUGUUGAAGGAGUUCUUAAUGCACUGAGGACAGCAGAGUUUGAAAUACCCUCUUUUACUGUUCCCCUCACAGACCUUGUUGUACCAAGCAUCAUGGUCAACUUGCAAAAGCUACAUGAGAUUAACAUCCCAGCACAGGUUUCUAUUCCAGAGUUCACCAUUCUGAACCUAUAUUCCAUCCCAGCCAUCACCAUUGACUUUGAAGAGGUAAAACAAAGAGUCAUAGAACUUAUUGACAGCAUCAGAGACUUUGAACUCCCACUGCCUGAGCCUGAAUCCAUCUUUGGAGAUCUAAGAGUAAUCUAUCUAUCUGACCUGCCUGACCUGACAUUUCCAGAGGUCACCAUAAAUGAGAUCAAGUUUCCAGAGAUCAACAUCCCAAAACUCAAUCUGGAAAACUUUGAAAUCACAAUGCUCCCACUCCCUGAGCUCAAGGUGCCUCACAUUCCCAGCGAAUUCACAGUCCCUGCUUUUGGCAAGCUGUAUGGUGAGUUUAGGAUCAACUCUCCCCAUUACAACGUCAUGACAACAGCAGUUCUACAAAACGCUACAAGCAGUCCUAGGACCCCACAGUUCACAGCCUCCCUGACGUCCCAAGCAAAGUCAACAAUAGAGUACCUUGACUACACUUUGGAUGCCUCUGCCCGUCUUGAAGCCCCCGAAAUGAGAAACCUUGUCUUUAGUGAGACUCUAAAAUUUACCCACAUGGCAUUCACAGUUGAUCAUCAAGGUGCAGUGACCCUCAGUGGCCCAUCAGCACAGGCAACUGCUAAGACAAUCGCCAAGGCCACUACUGAUGUCUACACUGCUGAUAUUGUCAACAACGUGCUUAUAACCUUGGAGAGUGGCAUCUCUGCAUCCAUGGAGACCACUUACAAUCACAACCUGAACAUUCCAUCUUACGAUGUGUCAUGCCAGACUUCUAUGAUACAGAAGGCAAUCACUCGUCUUGAAUCUGGCACAGUCUCUGUGACUGUUGGAACAACAGGAAAUGGGAAAUGGUCUAUCCAGGACUACUCUGAUGAUGGCACCCACAAGAGCGACCUUGAGUUUAGCAUCAAUAUCAACACAGCUAAGCUCACAUUUGCAGGAGAGACAAACAGCAAGACCCUGAAAAUGAAACAAGCUGUGAAUGCUGAAUCAGUCAUCUUCAGCUACAUCACCAUUGAUGCACAUGCUGAGACAGAAACUCCCUUCAUCAAAAGAAGUGUUGUGGUAGUGAAUGGAAAGGGUGAGGUGGAGGAUCUUAAAAUCGAGCUCACAGCUUCUCAUAACACAGAGCUCAUUGGCAGAGUCAGCGGAAGUCUGUCCCACUCGAUUAAUUUCCUUGCUCGUCCAUUUGAGGUUGUUCUUGACUGCAAGAACAAAGCAAACACAAAGAUCAUCUUCCCCUUGAAACUGACUGGAAAGAUUGAUUUUCAGAAUGACUAUGCUCUGACACUCAACUCUGAAGUUCAGCAUGCUAACUGGGUUGGUUUAGCCAGAUUCAAUCAGUAUAAGUACUACCACAACUUUACAUUGGACAACAAUGUGGAUGUCAUUGCAGUAUAUGCAGCGAUAAACAGUGAAGCUAAUCUUGACUUUUUGACUGUCCCUCUCACCAUCCCAGAAAUGGAUGUGCCUUACACAUCCAUGAAAACCCCAACUAUCAAAGAGGUUUCUCUGUGGGAACACACUGGCCUGAAAGACAUUCUAACCACCACACGUCAGUCAUUUGACAUGAACUUCAAGCUUCUGUACCAGAAGAAUCCUGAAACACAUGCCAUCGACUUGAACCUGGAGCCCAUCUAUGAUGCCAUAAACGAGAAUGCCAAGAUAAUGAGUGCAAACUUUGAGCUUGGAAGAGACAAAGCAUUUGCCUUGCUCACAAAAUCUUACAACGAGGCUAAGGCACAGUUUGAAAAAUUCAAAAUUGACACUUCCAAUCAGCCUCCCAGGAUCUUCACUGUCCCUGGUUAUACUGUCCCCAUCUUGAAUAUUGAGGUUUCUUCCUUCACUGCUGAACUGCCAGCAUUUAGCUUCCUCAUUCCCAAAGAAGUCAGUACACCCAGUUUCAGAGUGCCAAUGAUGGGAUUCUCUGUACCAACAUACACUCUUGUGCUGCCUGCCCUCGAGCUGCCAGUCCUGCAUGUGCCUGAAACACUCAGUGAACUGACUUUGCCCACGUUUACACUACCUGCAAUGCAGAACAGCAUUACAAUCCCUGCCAUGGGCAACAUGACCUAUGAUUUUUCACUGAAAUCCUCUGUUAUCACAUUGAAUAUCAAUGCUGGCCUGUUCAAUCAGUCUGAUAUUGUGGCAAGGUUCGGGGCCUCCUCAACCUCUGUGUUUGACAUUCUCAAAGGAAAACUCGAUGCCACCACAAGCCUGACCAGGAAGAGAGGCCUAAAGCUGGCUACUGCUUUAUCCCUUGACCACGUGAAUCUAGAAGGCAGUCAUGACAGUACAGUCAGCCUCACCAGAAAGAGUAUGGAGGCUUCUGUGGCAACCACUGCCAAGGUGAAACUGCCCAUCCUAAACUUGGAGUUCAAUCAAGAACUCAUUGGGAACACUAAAACUAAGCCAAAUUUGGCCUCCAAGAUGAAGCUUAAGUAUAGCUUCAACCUGCCAAAGAUUGUUGUUGGUAAGGGAAACAUUGACCAUAACCUGGGCCUGGAGGGACUGACAUCGUAUAUGUCUCUGGAAACUUCAACAAAGGGAAAGAUUGAUGGAACAGUGAUGGAAAAGAACAUUUUUGCCGGAGCCCUCAACAAUGAGGCCAAUGUCUACUUGAAUGCUAAUGGCUUGCGCUCCACCAUAAAGACAGAUGCUAGCUCCACAGUAGACCACAGGAAAACCAACAUCUGGAACAUGGACAUGAACAAGAUUAUGGCUCUGGAGGCCUCUCUACGUCGGGUGUAUGCCAUGCUGAACUACACCAGCAACAACGAAGUCAACACGGCAUCCUUUGAUAGCAAGGGAAAACACAUUGCCAGGGCAACCCUUGACUUUGUUCCACUAACAGCACUGACAGCUAAUGUAGAGAUUGACAUGUCCCAGCCAAGCAGCAUUGGUCAUGCCGGCAUCAUUGAGAACAUUGACCUUGCAAUCACCACAGAAAAGCAGACAUUCAGCUGGAGUGGCAAGGAGCAAAUCAUGUCUGCCAUCCAUGCAGCCGACCUGCUGCUGUCCAAUGAUGAGGAUGAAGCGCGCAUAGAGAUCAGUGAAUCUGUGGAAGGCUAUCUUGCUUUCCUGAAGACUAUCAAGCUGCCUGUCUAUCAGAAGACCAUUUGGGAUGUGCUGAAGUUUGACCUGGCCACCAGCGAUGAUAAGCCACAGUUCCUGAAUGCCUCCACCAUUGUGGUGUACACAAAGAACAAAGAGGGAUUCAACUUUGCUCUGCCAACCAAAGUGUUUGAGAAUGGUAUCACCUUCAGCAUUCCAGAAAUCACUCUGGCAGUCCCUGCUUGGGUAAAGGACAUUCCCCUGAGCAUUAGAGAAAUUGACAUGCGUUUUGAAAAUGUUAACUUCCCAGAUGUAGUCUCUCUUCCUCCAGUCAUCCCCAUUCCAGCUUUUGAGGUGCCUUUCACCACUCUGGAGGUGCCCUCUUACACCCUGGACCUCAAGAAUAUUGAAAUUCCCAAUGUGAUCAGCAUACCUGGGUUUGAAAUCAAACUGCCUGGUCUGCCCAAGAUGAAAAUCCCCGACAUCAGCGUUGACACUGAAUAUCUGAAGGACAAAAUGUCAUUCCUGUUGAUGAAAAUUCCACAGCAUGAAAUCGCUAUCUCUUCCUUCACAAUCCCAAAGUCGUUCACCGGCGGCGAGCACACCAUCCACUUGGAUGUGAUUGCUAGCCAGAUCUCAAACUUCGAGAUGCCAGCCAUCACAAUCCCAGAGCAGAAGAUUGAGGUCCCUGAGAUUUCCAUCUACCUACCCUCUGGUGUGUUCAUCCCUUAUUUUGGAGCCCUGUCUACCACUGUGAAGUUUUCUUCUCCCAUUUACAACACAACAUGGACUGCAAAGGUGGAGAACAAAGAUUCUACCCUUGUCUCUUCUCUCAAGUCGUCCUGCAGCUCCACCAUUCUGUUACUGGAAUAUGAUCUGGAUGCCACUGCCACUACUCGCAUUGAAGAUGGAGCCCUGAGCCUGCUUGGCAAAUGCACACUUUCCCACAGUGAUCUGAACGUGGACUGGCAGCAUAUCUUCACACAGAAUCUGAGGACGAGACGCCAAGCCUCUUCUGAUGCCAGCAGCUCCCGCCACACUCUGAGUGUAGACCUCACUAGCCCAACAUUCAUUGACAUGAACUUCCGCUAUACUUCCCGAAAAGAUGGCCUCAGUGCCACUGUCUCCUCUCCCUCUUCUGGAUUUCUUGGAUUCCUUCUGCAGAGAAGGACCCCUGCUCAGUUUCAAGGAAAGCUGUUUGCCCGUUACCCGUCUGCUCCUGAGAAGGAUGUGGAGAUCCUGAGUGCUAAGGCAACGCUAAGAAACUCAGAGAAGCUGAUGCUCCAAGCUGGCUGGAAUGCUGACGCCCCAUGGGACAUGCUCUUGGGACUUAAGGAAAGGGUGCCUGCCAUUACAAAUGCGCUGUUUAAAUUUGCCAACAAGCACCACACUGCGCAGUUCGGCAUGGACCUGAACCGUGCCUCACUGAAGCUCAAAAACACCCUGUCCAACACCAUUGAGAGAGCUUACCAUGAGAUCCCCAGGAUCUUUGAGUCACUACAGAGUGGCAUCGAGCAGAUGAGGGAUCAGGGCAAGGUGAUGUACAAGAAGGCCACUGACGGAAUGCUGGUAGACCUACAGGAAGUCGUGAGCAAGUUCUCUGACAAUGCCAGACAUCUUCUCAGGCAAUAUGGGAAGAACAUCAAAGUCAUGCUGGACGCUGUCAUCAAAUUCUUGAGUGAAACCAAAUUUCAGUUGCCUGGGUCGAAAGACAAGCUCACAGGACAAGAACUGUUCCAGAGGGCCAGCAGCUCUGUAGCUAUGGCCAUCGACCAGGUUGUCCAGCAAAUAGCUGACUUCUUGGAGUCCUACCCAGAAGCCUUGUUCGAUCACAUCAGAAAGAUUGAGUUUACAAUUCCUGGCACGGACCAAGUUGUCAGUGGAAGGGAGAUUCUGGACAGCGUGAAAUCCACCAUGAGGAAGAUCCAGAACCAGAUAGUUGAGAUGGUGCAGAACGCAAAGUCUGUUAGCCUGGAGGAGAUGCUGCAGAAGCUGAGUGACUUCCUGCAAUCCUGCCUCCGCCAGGCUGAGAAGCUCAUCGCCUCCCUGAAAUCGAAGGACCUGGAUGAGCUCUCCACCCGCAUCAACGAGGCCUACACAGACCUCCGCAGAUCCAGCACCAUGCGUGAGAUCAGCGUGCGCAUCGAGGAGGCCAGGCAGGCUACUGCAGAAUACAAAGACAAGGCUAAAAUGACAAUCCAGGACAUCUACAACAAGAUGACCCUCGAACGCCUGAAUACCAACCUUCAGUCCUUGAUUGAAGUGAUUAACACUCAUACGAAUAGGUUCCUCAGCGAGCUCAUCGACUUUCUCCAGCAGGUCUCCAAGAGCGCGCAACCUUACGUGAGAGUGAGCAACAAAAAGAUGGACAUUGAAAUUCCACUUCCCUUCUUUUGGAAAUCCUUCAGUGAGUGGCCACAGAGCCGGUAUUAAGCCCAAUUAAGCACUACCAUCUGAAUGGGAAACGUUGAAUGCCUGCCUAAAAAGGACACUUGUUAUUAACUCAUAAAAUCUUUGAGAACUUAUUUAAAGCUGUUAUACUGACAUAUAUACAUCUUUUUGAACCCGUUGUUAUUCUUUGUGUGUAAUUUGUGUGUGAAAACAAACCACAGCUGGUCAUGCUAAUUUGGUUUAUUAUGUUUGAAUGAAUGCUAAUUCUUUAUUCUUUAUAUCUUUUUCUAUUUAAGAUGCAGUGAAUACAGAAUAUCAAUAAAGGCAAUUUGUACUGCA